AUGCCACCAACAUAUUCUGCCCCAGUUCUCCAAAGUGGGACAUAUAUUAUAACAAGUGUUUCCACCAAUCUUAAAGUUUCUCGAACCCUUGGCGAGGAUAAGUCACUCCUUCCAAAGAAGGUUUUUGUUCUCCCAGCUAAGGAGCAGGCAUCGACGUGGGACGUCACAAGAAAUCGGGAUGGAACCUAUAUUUUGAAGAAUAAAGGCAGCCCCGUUGUCGAAAUCGAAGACAAGCUUUUCGCCCAAUUGACGGGUCCACCACUCGAGACUCGCUGGAAAGUCUCUUCCGUCUACUGGCAUGGUGCUGAUCAAUGGAUAAUUGAAACACCCUCUGGUAGCGACGGAUGGCUACUUAAAGAUGACCCCGCAGCUGAUAAGGAUGAGCUUAAGCAGGUUGAUGUCGGACCGUUGAUUGCAAAUCUCUCCCUUCCUCCACAAUAUCCUGCGUAUGAGCGGUUCCGUUUUACAAGAGUUAGGGCAACUGUGGGAUAG